AUGGUGGCUAAAGGUAGAAAGCAGAGCUCCAAAAGUACCGCUGCGACCCAGGCUGACCGCGACAGGAGCCCGCUACUUGUUCCUCCUGCCGCCGGUAAAAGUACCUUAAGGCGGGCGGGUAGAGAGGGCAAAGCGGCCACAGGCUCCCAUCCUAACGGGCUCUCCGGUAUCAGACACAGGCUCGGGCUAAGUCCGUCUGUAGCGGUGAAGCUUGGAUUCUCUCUGCUUCUUGCUGCUGUAACAGGAUAUCUCCACUGGUACCAUCUCUCACAGCUGUUUGAGAAUGACAGACACUUUUCACACCUGUCAAACCUGGAGAAAGAGAUGGCUUUUCGCACAGAGAUGGGUUUGUACUAUUCCUAUUACAAAACCAUUAUCGAGGCUCCUUCAUUCCUGGAUGGUCUUCACUCCAUCAUGAACGAUCGGCUCACAGAGUAUCCCCUGGUUAUCAACACUCUCAAGAGAUUUAACCUCUAUCCAGAGGUGGUCCUGGCCAGCUGGUACCGUGUGUACACAGGUGUGAUGGGCUACUUAGGUAUUCCCACCAAGAUGUGUUGGUCCAUUAACAGAGGAGAGGGCCUGUCUCCUGUGGACAGCUGUGAAGGAAUGGGCGAUCCAGCGUAUUUCUACGUGGCCUGUGUGUUUUUCCUUAAUGGCCUGAUGAUGAGCCUGUUCUUCAUCUACAGCGUCUACCUCAGUGGCAGUCGUAUGGGCGGCAUUGUAACAACAAUGUGUUUCUUCUUCAAUCAUGGCGAGAGCACCAGAGUGAUGUGGACUCCACCGCUGAGGGAGAGCUUUGCGUAUCCCUUCUUAGUCCUGCAGAUGCUUCUUCUCACCUACAUCCUGAGGACACGGAACCUGAGCAGGACAGCUCUGAUCGCCCUUGGCGUGUCCAAUUUGUGCUUCAUGUUGCCUUGGCAGUUCGCCCAGUUCGUGCUGCUCACUCAGGUGGCUUCUCUGUUUGCGUCCUACAUCCUGGGUUACCUCGGUCCCAGCAAGAUGCAGUCCAUCCUGGUCACACAUAUGAUAACACUUGGAGUCUGUUUCAUCCUGAUGUUUGGAAACGCCAUGCUCCUCACGUCUUUCUACGCCUCCUCACUCAUCUCCAUCUGGGCCAUCGUUGCACUGAGGGAUCAAUUUGCACGUCUUUUCAAACCAGGCAUUGUCAUGUGGGUGAUGCAGGUUGUGGCUUGGGUCGGCUCCACAGUUUUGCUCAAGAUCAUGUUGUCCAACGUCCUUGGUGCCUCAGAUGAUGCUCACAUCAGUGCUCUGAUCAAGUCUAAGUUCACCAGCUACAAAGACUUCCACACUAUGAUGUACACCUGUGCUGCAGAGUUUGACUUCAUGGAGUGGGAGACUCCUCUGCGUUACCUCAAAACACUGUUGCUGCCCAUUAACAUGCUGGUGGUCGCUCUCGUUGUUGGAAGGACACUGCAGGAUAUAAUUUGCUUCCUAAGGGACGGAGGGAAGUCAUCUGGCAAAAAUGAUGGCGAUGAUGAAGCUGCAGGGUCAGAAAUGUCUGCAAAAGGAGAGCUAGUCUACCACAGUCUACAGCUGGUGGCAUUUGCUGUUCUCGCUAUCCUCAUCAUGAGACUGAAGCUGUUCCUGACACCGCACAUGUGCAUCAUGGCCUCACUCAUCUGCUCCAAACAGUUGUUUAGUUGGAUUGGGGAGAAGUCUAAGCACCGAGCUCUGGUGUUUGCGUUAAUGGCCGGCAUGGCUGUGCAGGGAGUGGUCAACCUUCAGGCCCAAUGGGCUAUCAUUGGUGAGUUCAGCAACGUGCCACAGGAGGAGCUGCUGGACUGGAUCCAGGAAAACGCUCAACCUGGUUCUGUUUUUGCGGGGGCCAUGCCCACCAUGGCCAGUGUGAAGCUGUCCACGGGUCGUCCCAUCGUCAACCAUCCACAUUAUGAAGAUGCUGGUCUGAGGGAAAGAACCAAACUGGUUUACUCUAUGUAUAGUCGCAUGUCUGGAGAGACAGUGAAGAGGAACCUGAUGAAGCUGGGAGUGGAUUAUUUCAUCCUGGAGGAUUCUUGGUGCACAAGGAGAACCAGGCCUGGAUGCAGCAUGCCAGAGAUCUGGGACCUAGAAGAUCACCAAAACAUUGGUAAAAUCCCCCUGUGUACCCACAUGUCCAGGAACUCACGACCACACUUCACCACAGUCUUUUCCAAUGAGAUUUACAAAGUUCUUAAAGUUCCAAAAGUGACCAAUGAGCAAAGAUAACACAGCUCUGAUUAGAACCAGUUUGGUUUUUCCUUUCCGAACUUCUACUUUUUUAAGUCACUGUUGGUAAAACAGCUUUCUACUUCCCAGAGGUCAGACCCCUGUCUGCCUUUCCCCUUACUCUAUAACGUGACCUGAGGACAGAGAAAAUGUUGGACCUGCCAAAACAGUCUACAGUGUCUGUUUGCUCUUGGUGGUCACACAGAUCUCAGUAUUAAUUAUUAACGUCCUUAAAGCUGCUUUUUGACAUCGAGCAAUGUCCUGUCAAGUGCAAGACAGAGGUUUCUGCUGCUCUUCAGUUACAUUUCCUUUGAUACAUGCAGCUAGUUUUAAAAGGUUAAAAAGUCAAAUACAGUUCAUCUUAAAGGUGUGGUAUUUCAGCGAGGGCUGUACAUCUAAAUUCCAACAAUUUUGAGUUAAUUCAUUUGUCAUCAACUAAUGUUUUUUAUGCAUUGGAACUAAAACCAUAUCACAAGGUUCAAAUUGAAAACAUUUUAAAAGAUGUACAGCAGUGAUGUAUUAAGAAAGUCAGUGAAAGGCAGAGUACACAGUACAGUACUUUGUCUCAGGCCACCAACUGAGCCAGUGGGGUCAAAACUUCUAUUAUAUUUUAGUUGAUACAUAACCCGAACAACUGUCUUGGGGAUAUGUUCUAUGACAUAUGAGUUUUGAGGUUUCAGGUUGUGAGCUGAUUUACCGUGCAGCAAACCUUUGCAAAAUGUCAGACAGUUACUCACACUGUUUUUUAAUCAUGGUUUCUGCACAUUUUAGAAGAUAUUUGAUUCAAAAGUAAAUCAUUAUAUGGGGCAACGGGGCAAAUAUUUUCAUGUGCAUAGAAGCUUUCUUCUCAUUUGAUUUAACUACAAUAUUUUUUUCAUCCCUGUACUGAGAGCGGUAGUAGUAUUAACUUUACUUCACCCACAGUUUGUAAAUACCCACAGUUUCUUUUUUUAAAAGGAUCAUUGUCUUUUUGUGUAAUUCCUUUUUUGCCAAAGGGAGAAAUGUGUUUCAAUGCCCGGUGUUGUAUUGGAGGAACUGUAGCUAAUUUAAAAUGUGCUCAUUAGCAGCUUUAUAACAGCCAAUCAGAUCACAUUUGUAGCAGCAACUUAAUGGUAGCCAAAGCCAGUUUGUUGACAUGAUAAUGAUCCAAAAGUAUUAUGUUUUUUUCAAAUUUUUCUUACUGCAAAAGCUUGUUCUCCUCUUGCCGUCAGCUUUUUUUUUUUGUUGUUGUUUAAAAUGAUGCUGCUUGAUUCAGGAAAAAAAGAACAGUUCAUAAUUAGACCGAAUGUUUUAUCGCUGCGUUGUAAAUGAGCAUAAACAGUAAGUGUUCCACAGGGCUCUGUGUUCUUGGAAAGAAAUGAUGUUCAUUCUCAAGUUGAAGAGAGGUUUUUAUUGAGGUCCAAUGUGGUACAAAACACUGUGUCUGGCCAAGUUAGUUUUGCUCAAUAUUACAGCCAUCUAUCUGAGAAAGAACACAAACUAGUGAGCUGUGCAAUACUUUUCCAUUUUGUUUCCCAAGUGAGUCAAUUUUUGCUUUAGCAGGGAUGUUAACAUCUAAACAACAAGCAGAAAAUGAAGUAGAAACAUACAUUUACAUAUUCCAAAUUUCGCUGCAUUCUUAUACGUUUGAUUUCUAAGCUGUUUACCUUUAUACUGUUCAUAUGAGGAUAAUAAGUGAUGGAAUCAGUCAAGUGCCCAUUUUCAACAAGUAUUGCACUGUUUUCCUGUCACAGUUGUACAUGUUUUAAAUGUCUUUUAUAAUAUUUGUCUAUUUUGUCUGUAAUUAAGAAAAAUAAAAUAUUUGCAUCAAUACUGUGAA